AUGAGUCUAUCCACUGAAGAAGAAGAAGAUUUUUCUAAAUUACCUCUUGAUGAAAGACUAGUACAUAAAUCAUGGAAGGCACGUCUGAAUGGAUAUCAACAACUCCAAAAACAAUUCCAAAGUCCAUUCCCAUUGCCAAGUGAAUAUGAAAAAUAUUGGUCUUAUCCAAAUCUAUUCCAUAAAUAUAUUCUUGAUCCUAACGUUGUUGCUCAAGAAAAUGCAUUAUUUGCUCUACACUCAAUGUUUUUCAAACAGAUUCCCGAUAUACAGAAUUUAAACGAUUUCCCCAUACACGUUUAUCUAGACGAAUGGUUGGCACCAUUAGUUACGAAAGCAUUGAAUUCUUCAAGAAACAAGAGCAAAGAUUUGACUAUUACUUGUAUCCUGUUACUUUGUUCCUUGGACCAAUCUGUCUAUAAUAUCGUGUCGCAGAUUAUCGAACUUUUACCUACCGUCAAGAUACCUAAACUGAUUGCAUCUAUAAUAUCAUGUAUUAAUAUCAUAUUGACAACAUUCGAAUUGAUUAAUGUUGAAGGUUCUGCUUUGAUUGAACUAUUAAAUAAAAUAUUUGCCCCAUUACCUAAACUGGCGUCUCAUGCAGAUAAAAAUGUAAGAGCUAAUACAAUGACACUGAUCGUAACUCUGUUUUGUUUAUUAGGCAAAGGUAAGACCUUGUUACAGGAAACCCUGUUGGAUAAACUGAAACCUAUUCAACAAAGAGAAUUAGACAAACAAUUUAGUUCGCCAGAUAUUAAAUUGGGCGAUCCUUUUAAAGAUAGCGAGAAUAAUGAUAACAUAAUAUUAUUUGAAUGGAAACGGAGAGCAGAUGAAAAGGCAAAACGAGAAAGCGAAUUCCAAUUAAAUCAAAAUGGUUUGGAUGCAGACGGUGAUACAAAUAUGGAAAUUAAUAUUGGCUCCAAUUUAAAAGCCAAUACCGCCCCCAAAGUUGACCCAUUCCAGUUAUUACCUGAAGAAGACUUGUUGUCGAAUUUGCCAGAAGAAUUUGAUUCAAGAUUGAAGUCACCUAAAUGGAAAGAUAGAGUCGAAGUACUUGAGGAAUUGAAUACAGCACAUUUGAAUGUAAUUAAAAAAUUACAAAUGAAUAAAAAUUAUUCAACGAUACUGAAAACUUUAUCAGAUGUCAUCUCUAAGGACGUUAACGUUCAAUGUGUCACUCUAGCAUCCGAGGCUAUCAAUAUGAUCUUAAUGAAACUGUCCAACAACGCGAUCCAUGAAAAUUACAUAUCUAUUGUAUUUCCUGCAUUACUAGAAAGAACCAAAGAGAAAAAGCCUAGUGUCAUCGAAAUGAUCACCAGGACCAUCCAUACUGUAUGCGAUAUAUAUGAACCCUUCAUACCUGAGAACGAGUCAUUAAUCUUAAGGGAACUAUUAAUGAAAUUGAAUGAUCGUAUUCCUAAUGUGAAGCUUGAAUGUAGUAAAAUCUUCAAUGAAUUGUUAGGUAAGACAGAAAAAAUGGAUAAGAGAUAUAUGGUAUUGAACCUUGUUGAUGGGGCUAGGAUCUUUGAAGUGAUUAAAAAAUUGAUCAAUGACACACAGAUGAAUAUUAGAAAUGUGAGUUUUAUGAUUGUGGCUAAAUUGAUUAAUUUGUUGGGGAUUGAGUAUUUCCAUGAAUUUUUAGAUAGUAUUGAUAAGAUUAAAAGACGUAAGAUUGAAGAGAUGGUGAAGAAUGAUGAGGGGAAAGUAAAGCUGGAUAACAAGACAAGGAUUAACGCCAACAAUAGUACUACAUCUGUAAGAAAUAUUCAGACUGCUGGCAAUAUAAUGACAGAUCCAAAUAGCAAUACUAAAGGUAUUACCAAUAGUAUUACUAAUGGUAUAAGUGAUUCUAAUUCUAAUUCUAAUUCUAAUUCUAAUUCUAAUUUUAACUCUAAUCCUAAUAGUAAUAAUAGACUGAACAAAAUCAUACCAAAUAAGAGAAUAGCGACCUCACCAAUAGUUAAACCAAGUCACUAUGAAAAUACAAGUUAUAAAUCGCCCAGCAUUGAUGAUAAGUCAUCUCCCAUGAAUACUUCAAGAAAUAAAGGAAGUAUCAACACAGUGAAUAUGAAUAGAAGAAAUUCUAAAUUGGUGCAAUCUUCAAGCGUCCUUUCAUCAGUUUCGACUCCAUAUAAAGAGAAUAUGAAUAGUAAUAAUAUUAGUAUUAUGAAUAAUCAAAAAGAUAAAGAAAUUAGUGGAUUGAGGAAUAAGAUAAAACGUUUAGAAAGUGAAAAUAUUCAAUGUAAGAACAAGAUUAAUGAAUUAGAAAGAAAAGUAAAUCAACAUAUUAAUACAAUAAUGAUUAAAGAUACAGAAAUACAAAAAUUGAAACGACAAUAUGAUGCCAUCAUAGAACAACAACAACAACAACAACAACAAAAUCGUAGUAUAACAACAAGAAUAGUUGAUAAGGGAAAUAUAAAUAUUCCUUCAAAUAGAGAUAUAAAUAAUUCACCGAUAAAUAGUAUAGAUUUACCAAAUAAGGUAAGAAGAUUACAAAUAGAUCCGUUGAAAAGAUAUACCAGUGCCACUACUGUCACUACCACCACCAAUAAUAGUAAUAAUAACAAUAAUGACAAUAGUAAUAAUGGAACUAGUGAUAAUCGUAAUCAUAGUUUUGAUUUUAAUAAUAAGAAAACAUCAAAUAUGAAUGCACAAGAUGUUAUUAAUACGACAUUAGCUACUGAAGAAUCAUGGCAAAGAGCUGCGUUAGUGACGCAACAAUUAAAAGACCGAAUCAAUAGGAUGAGGAAUCGUAAAUGA